AUUAUCCGAAUCCCGUGACUGAAGAAAAACAAAAAACAAAAAACCAUGGAUCCCAAGAUUCUCAUCGUGAUCGUUCUUUUUCUGAAUCUCAUAAGCUCCAAAUCCACUCCCUCAUCAUCGGCACACAUUGACCUUACCAGUUAUGGUUUCCCGGUUGGUCUUCUUCCCAACACCACCGUGCUAUCUCAUGUCAUCAACAAAACUUCCGGCGAAUUCUCCAUCAAGCUCGGUGGCGCGUGUAAAGUCACGCUACCUCGUGAUAACUACGUUGCUACCUAUUCCGACACCAUCACGGGGAAAAUUGCGAAGGGUAAAAUCAGUGAGCUUAAUGGAAUAAGGGUUCGUGCUUUCUUGAAGCGGUGGUCCAUCACCGGAAUUCGGUCUUCCGGUGAUGAUAUUGUGUUUGAAGUUGGACUGGUCACCAUGAAGUAUCCUUCGAAGAAUUUUGAGGAUAGUCCUGCUUGUGAGGGUCAGCACUCUUCUUCUUGAUGACAUGAUGAAAAGAGUAUUCUCAGGUUGAGACUGAGGAGUAGUCGCCUGCGGUAUCUUAUGGAGGAUGGUAAUUUAGAAGACCACUUCAUUCGUUUUCCUUAGGUUUAUGUUUUGCUGAACUAUUAAGUCAGCUAGUUGAUUUGAAUUAUAAUAAAGCUCUGAUAUUGUAAUAUCAGGGUCAGGAUUAUUAUUUUCAGAUUUGCUAUGUUUGAUAUUAAGUUGGAUUAAGCACUCAUUAAUGAAAUAUUUUAUGUUUUUCAUGUUA